AGAGACCACAACUCAACUACACUUAUUAUAAACCAGUUGAUCUCCAACUUUUUUUUAUUUCAUCUUAAAACAAAGUGAUUCAAUAAGAUAAAUCAAUAAGAAGAUAAAUCAAAAAGAAGAUAAAUCAAAGAAAAAAAAUAAAUCAUGUCGUUUAGAAUAGAUGACAUCUUAAAAAGAGAAUCUUCAGAGAAUCGUAAAGAUAUUGAUAGAGAGAGUCCGCCAUUUGUCCAAAAAGAAGUAGCCCCUAAAGAUUUAGUACAAGAAUCGUCUAAAGAUAUCUCAAAAAGUGUUGAACCAGCGCCGGUUUUUGGGUUAACCCCAGAUAGUAUUUUACAUCAAUCUUUAUUAAAUAGACAAUUGGGUUAUUAUAGAAGUGCAAUGGAUUACCAAAAUUUGAGGCUGUUGCCGAACAUGUAUUGUGAUAAAAUGUAUAUGCCUUAUGGGGGAAGUUAUGAUCCUUAUAUGGAUAAAGUGAGCGCCUUCUCAAAUGUUUGUUCGAGAACUCGAUUUUGGUCGAUGUAUCCACAUCCUGUUGUUUUACCUCUUCCGUACACGCAUUAUUCGAAGAGGAAAGGGGGGCAAGUUCGAUUUACAGCAUCUCAAACGGACACUUUAGAGAAGAGGUUUAAUUCUAAUAAGUAUUUGAGUCCUGAAGAUCGGCGGGUUCUUGCGGAUUCUUUAAAAUUAACGGAUAGACAGGUUAAAACUUGGUUUCAAAAUCGACGGGCUAAGUGGAGGAGAUGUAACAGUAUCUCUUCAAAUUCACAAUUAGAUCAAAAUGAUAGCGAAUCUGAACCCGAAAUUUGUGAUGACACGCCGGAGCAUGAAAAAAUAGAAAUAAAUAAUUAGGUUUAGAAUAAUAAUUUAGUUUUUACGAUAAAUAAUGUAGGAAAUGUUUCAGUAUUUUGUUGUUAUCUCUUUUAAAAUUAAUUUAUUUACCCUAUU